GAGACUGGAGGACGAGUCUGGGCGCUAGAAGAAAAUACAUUUGAAUUGAUAGGAGCUAGGUUGACAUUCGUGGAGUCCCGUGCCUGGCCAUCGAGCAUUGAAAAUGAGGAAAUGCAUUAAUAAUUAUUUGGAAAGAACUGACUAUAGGAUCGAGUCACUCGCGACUACCGCUGACAAACAACAGUUUCCAAACUGUCUGCUGUUGGAGAGAGCAAUUUAUAUAACCUAACCGCAUCAGAGGAAUGAUUCUCAUUUUGCCUAUCAGUUCUUUCAGAAGUGGAACAAGGGGUAUUCGUUUUAUUGUAAUGUAAUUAAAAAACACCAAGCUGGGACGAAGGACUGUACAAGCAUAUAGCUGAACAAUUGAUCCUGCACUGCGUUGGCUUGGCUUGGGGUAGGUAACUACACACGGGGCUCUCGAAAGGCACAAUAGCGAGCUGAACUCUGGUGGAUAACGACAUAAGCCCGGAAUCUUUUGGCUUUUUGCAUUGUCUGCGACAGUACUUCUUGUGAGAAGAAUCUUCUGUUCCUACGUGAGUAAGUGGACAAGUUGUUGAGGUGUGUUGGCAGAGCUGGCUGCUGUGCGGCGGGAAUACAGCGGAGAAAGAUGAGGAAGAGCAGAAGUGUGCUGACUGUGUCUCCCAAUGAUGACAGCAAGGAUUCUCCAGACUGCGAGUCCUUCACCUCCCCCACCUGCACGCUGGGCGUGGACCUGCGCAGGGGACGCAGGCGUUUCUCUGGAAACCUGCAGCUGCCCCCGCUGUCGUGGAGACAGGCGGAGAGGUCGUGCACCCCCGAUGAAGAGAGCAUCCCCCGGCCCACCACUCUGCCCUUCAUCACGCCUCGCAUAGACAUCACGCCCGUUGACCCCGACUGCUUUGAUGUGGAGAAUGGCCCGUCCACCAGCUGCAGUCCACUGGACCCCCAGGCCUCUCCGGGUUCGGGCCUGGUCCUGCACACCAACUUCCCCGGACACAACCAGCGGCGAGAGUCCUUUCUGUACCGCUCUGACAGCGACUACGACCUCUCCCCCAAGUCCAUGUCCCGCAACUCCUCAGUCGCCUCCGAGCUACAUGGAGAUGACCUGAUUGUGACACCUUUUGCUCAGGUACUUGCAAGUCUUCGUAGUGUGAGAAACAACUUCACCGUGCUGACCAACGUACAAUGUGCCUCGAACAGGAGGUCACCUGCUGCCAGCCAGCCACCUCUCACCAAAGUCUGCCUGCCAGAGGACUCCUACCAGAAACUGGCAAUGGAGACCAUGGAGGAGCUAGACUGGUGCUUAGACCAGCUGGAAACCAUACAGACCUACCGAUCCGUUAGCGACAUGGCCUCCAACAAGUUCAAGAGAAUGUUGAACCGGGAGCUGACGCACCUGUCGGAGAUGAGCCGCUCUGGCAACCAGGUGUCCGAGUUCAUCUCCAACACCUUCCUGGACAAGCAGAACGAUGUGGAGAUCCCGUCGCCUACGCCCAAGGCACGUGAGAAGAAGAAGAAGCAGCAGCUGAUGACUCAGAUCAGCGGGGUCAAGAAGGUGACGCACGGUCCAAGUCUGUCCAACUGCAGCAUCUCCCGCUUUGGUGUCAAGACCGACAAGGAGGACCUCCUCUCCAAGGAGCUGGAAGACCUCAACAAGUGGGGCCUCAACAUUUUCACAGUGUCUGAGUACUCCCAGCACAGGCCGCUCACGUGCAUUAUGUACGCCAUCUUCCAGGAGAGAGACUUGAUGAAAACGUUCAAGAUCCCUGCCGACACCUUCGUGACCUAUAUGAUGACCUUGGAAGACCAUUACCACUCAGACGUAGCCUACCACAACAGCCUGCACGCUGCGGAUGUGGCCCAGUCUACUCACAUCCUCCUGUCCACGCCUGCACUGGAUGCCGUCUUCACCGACCUGGAGAUCCUUGCUGCCAUCUUUGCAGCUGCCAUCCAUGACGUGGACCACCCUGGUGUCUCCAACCAGUUCCUAAUCAACACUAACUCUGAGCUGGCCCUCAUGUACAAUGACGAAUCGGUGCUGGAGAAUCACCACCUCGCCGUGGGCUUCAAGCUGCUGCAGGAGGAGAACUGCGACAUCUUCCAGAACCUCAACAAGAAGCAGCGCCAGUCCCUCCGCAAGAUGGUCAUUGACAUGGUACUGGCGACUGACAUGUCCAAACACAUGAGCUUACUAGCCGACCUGAAGACCAUGGUGGAGACCAAGAAGGUGACAAGCUCUGGAGUGCUGCUGCUAGACAACUACACAGACAGGAUACAGGUUCUCCGCAAUAUGGUGCACUGUGCCGACCUCAGUAACCCCACCAAGUCCCUGGAGCUUUACCGCCAGUGGACCGACCGCAUCAUGGAUGAGUUUUUCCACCAAGGGGACAGGGAGAGGGAGCGGGGCAUGGAGAUCAGUCCCAUGUGCGACAAGCACACGGCCUCUGUGGAGAAAUCACAGGUGGGCUUCAUCGACUACAUUGUACACCCUCUGUGGGAGACAUGGGCAGACCUGGUGCACCCCGACGCCCAGGACAUUCUGGACACACUGGAGGACAACAGGAACUGGUACCAGAGCAUGAUCCCCCAGAGUCCAUCCCCGCCCUUCUAUGACCAGGACAAGGACAACCAGGGGGGCGGGGACAAGUUUCAGUUUGAACUGACCCUGGAGGAGGAGGACGACUCUGAGGGCACAGAGAAAGAGGAGCACAGUCAGGGGGAGGACAGCAUGGGGGAGAUGCGCUCCUCGCUGGACUACUCGGGCAGCCAGGACAUCGAGGAGCCCAUGGAACCCACGCACAUUCAGAUCGUCACACAAGACGCCUCACCCGUGGACACAUAGGCUCUCCUGCCACGGCGGUGGCGUGUCUUGGUGUUGGCAGAUUGCUUUUGGAGGAGAAAUCCUGCAGUCCUGCUUUUGAGAGGCCUGGGGGCUGACUUGGGGUUACGAGAGGUGCAUGUGCCCCCGCUGCACUUGAUUUUGGAGCCGGAUGUGGACAGUUUCAGCAGAGCACUGAAGGAGCUCUCGGGUAAAUGCUGCAGACACAUGGACCUGAUUGACAGGCCACACAGAGAAAUGAAGGAAUGGGCCAGCCAGGAAUAUUUCCUGAACGAGCAUGGAGGCACUGACACUACUGAGAGAUUUUUGUACCAAGUGAUUUUUUUUUAAACGGGAUGAGGUAGAAUAUGAACUACUGAUAAACAGGUAUUUAUAAAGAAAAUCUGUUUACUUUUUCUGUAACAUUUGUCUAAAGACUUUGUGUGCCUUUUUUACAAUUGUCUUUUUAAAGUUUUUUUUAUUUAUUGAACACACUUUAGUAUGUGUCAGAUGUUUUUUUUCUUCUUAAAAAAUGGAAAGCUCAAGAGCAAAGUUAUUUUGUAUCUCAAAUGAGGUGAGAAUGCAAGAGUCUUCCUUAUAAAUAAUUUUGGCAAUAGCAGAGCUGGUAGAAACACUGGCCUCACAGAUAAACCUCCCAUGAAGAAGAAACUUCCCAUUAAAGAGGUGUGACACCUCAACUUGUAUCACUCAUUUCACAUUAAGUUUCAACCAAACAUCUAUGCUUGUGUUUGACUCACUUUACGUAUAGAAACACAGAUGCAUACAUGGACACACACUUUGUCAGACCAUUGAAAAUGAGUAAUGAGGAUAUUUAUAUCCUACUGAACAGGAGAGAUGUGCUCUGUCUUCAUCUUGGAAAUAUUUCAAUGACUAAAAUAAUGUUCUCUCCCCAUUGUCAUUUGGUAUUCUCCUUGUAAAGCUGACUCAAAUCCUGAUAGUGUAGACACCACUGAUAAAGUAUGGAAGUACAGACAAUAACAGCAUUUUAGCAGUGUAAAAACUGUGUCAGCAAAAGAGGACUUGCAAUAUCUGUUUAUGUUUGAAUGAAAUAAACAUUAAGUUUAUUUACAGUUUUCAGUUCAAAUACAUGCUGCUUUGCAUUAAAGUUGGUAACUGAAAUUAGCCUCCGUAUCUGACAGGAUGAUAUAAGUGCAGCCACUGUCAAAAAGAGAAUAAUAUUCAUUUUUUCAGCCCUAUCAAUGUAAAACAUUUAUAUAUUGUUAACACAUAUUUUUAAAUGAAUGGUAAUCAGCCAUCUACUACUCAAUUCUGCAAACUGGGAUCCUCAACUGAGGGAUACUGUAAACCUUAGAAAUCGAAAGAUUGGUACAGACUGUACUUUCUAAAAUUGAUGUCACCCAAUCUGUAGCUGAAUAUUUCGGCACCACUCUUGGUGUUACACUAUCAGGAUUUGAGUCUGGGAAAAAAAAGUUAUUUCUAUUUCUAAAGAUCUGUUCUGUAACGAAAGCAAACCCAGCAGGAAACACUUUACCAUCAGAAAACAAACCAUAACAUAAACAGUUCAUAUAUGGGAUCAGCUGUUUUUCAUUUCAUUUCCAUUGCCUCUCUUGACUGGCCUUCAAGGAAUUAUUUUACCAAUAUAUAUAUUUUUUGUAUCGUCAUAUUCAGAGGUACUUAAAAUACAGUAUCGUCCACCCUCAAACCAGUGUACAUUGAGACCUGUGACUACACAAUAGAUGGCAACACCACAAAUGCAUGGCCCUAUAGCCAUUGUAUGUGUGUGUGUGUGUGUGCUUGUGUGUGUAGUCUGGUCCCGUGUCUGGAGAAGAGAAUUCUCUAUCCCACAGUCCCUUGUUCCACCUUGCAUCUGAGCUCAAGUUUGUCCUUUGCUGUUUAUAACAGUGUAUUUAUUACUUUGACCUGUAAAUGCGCAUUGUAAAUUUGUUUUAAUUUAUAUGCACUUGCAUUACCUGAAUGGGGUGGUGUUAAUGUGUAGACGACUCUGGAUUGAGUCUUUCUAUUCAGUAAUAUAUUCUUUUUUAAAUCUAUAUAUAUAUAUAUAUACAUACAUAUAUAUCUAUAUAUGUAUGAAUAUUGCACACCAUUUGAGUGCCCUGAACAGUAGCUGUAAGAGACAUACUCAACCCAUGGGUGACAGGAGAAACUGGCAAAUCUGCAGUGAAAAAGGUCAGCAGUGGCGGUUUGAAAACUGAAUAAAAAAGAACUACAGAAUGUGUGUAGUGCCUAAGGUGUAUCUAUACAGCAUUUUGAAUGCAGAUUGCUGAUAAUGUUUCAGAUUAACUGGUUCCAGCAAAGCAGAAUUAAUGGAAAUCAUCAGACACCUGACUCCAUGAAAAAACCCUCUGUGUUAAUUAGAUAAAGGGAGAUAUUGGUGGUAUGUUACAAUUUAUCUAAACACCAACAUGAAUCCGUAUGAAUUACAAAAUGUGAUCUUAUGUAAUUAUUGUGCUAAUGUGAACUAUUUUCUGAUCAGACUUGUUAGCAGUUUUGAAAUUCAAAUUGUCAGUAUAACAUUGUUAUCUAUGUUAAAGCUUUGGUCCACAUUGUGUCCAAAUGGUUAGCCAGAAUUAGCACUAUCUGCAUGACCAAUGGGUUUGUAUGUCUGUUCAAUACUGCAUUGUUCCAGGUGGUUAUUCGUUUCACACAAUGUAUGGUAUAGUAUUGUAUAUUGUGUUCAAUAAAAAUCUAAAUACUUUUUUAUGAAGUGAUUAAAAACAAAGGCAUGAAUAUA